UCCUCCAGCUUUGAGAUUUUGUUGGGUUGUUCCAGGGACUCUUGUUCUACCAGCAUGGGAACUAGGUUAUCCAUAGAAACACCUGUAACUCCCUACGGCUGAGGAGUGGUGAAGGAAAAGGUUGGGAAAAAAAAAAUAGACGAGCUUGCUCUUUCAGUAAUUAUUAUCAGCCUUGGCGCUUAGCUUUAGCCAGGAUCCAGGAAUCCGAUGCUGCUCCCCCUCUUCCUGUCUCUCUCUCUCUCUUUGCCGCCCUAUCCACGGGCCGCAGGUAGGCUUUCAUCACGGCGGCUCCAGUUUCCUGCCACAUAUAAGCUAACCGGGCCAGGUGAGCUCAAACACUCCUCCUCGGCAGGCCGCUCGGUACCUCACAGCUUCGCACACACAACAAACACACAGUCCAGCGGGCACGGAGAAUGGAGCCGGAGGCAGACAGCGUGCCGGAGGCACCGGAGGAGAUCAUACAAAUGCUCCCGUUAAAGCCAGCGCCGGGUCAGUUCGGCCCAGAGGUCCGGAGCCCCGGGCUCAGGGUGUGGAGGGUGGAGAAGAUGAAGGCGGUGCCGCUGGAUGCCUCCGAGGUCGGCGCCUUUUACAACGGAGACUCCUACCUGGUGCUGGAGAACCGGGGCGAGCAGGGAGCCGACCUCCACAUGUGGAUCGGAGAGAAGUCCUCCCGGGACGAGCAGGUGGCCUGCGCCAUGCUGGCCACCCAGCUGGACAACUUCCUGGGCGGUGACCCCGUCCAGCACAGACAGGUCCAGGGCUUCGAGAGCCCGGAGUUCAUGGAGCUCUUCCCCAGAGGGGUCAGCUACAAGGAGGGAGGCGUGGAGUCCGGCUUCAGGCGGUCACAGGGCAGCGGGACGGUGCAGAGGCUGUACCAGAUCAAAGGGAAACGCAACAUCCGUGCCAAAGAGGUGGAGCUGACCUGGAGCAGCUUCAACAAGGGCGACUGCUUCAUCCUUGACCUCGGAGAGACAAUCCUGUCAUGGACCGGAUCGCAGGCCAACAUUUUCGAGAAGCAGAAAGUGCGCGAGAUCGCUUCGCUGAUCCGAGACACGGACCGACAUGGGAAGGCCCGCGUCGUGGACACCAGCGAGGGGGAGGAGCCUGAGGAGAUGCUGAAGGUUCUCGGCCCGAUGCCCCCUCUGGCAGAAAGCACGUCGGAGGAGGACAGCAAAGCCGAUGCCUCCAACUCUGCUUCCCUCUACAAGGUAUCUGACGCCACAGGCGCCAUGACGACGACCAAGGUGUCAGAGAAGAGCCCGUUUGCCAAGGAGCUGCUGGUCCGGGACGACUGCUUCAUCCUGGACAACGGAGCAAAUGGGAAAAUCUUCGUCUGGAAAGGUCACGGAGCGAACGCAGAGGAGAAGAAUGCUGCCCUGCAAAUGGCGGACAACUUCAUCGAACAAAUGAAAUACCCCAGAAUGAAAACACAGGUGGAGAUUCUGCCUCAGGGGAAGGAAACCAUCAUCUUCAAGCAAUUCUUCAAGAACUGGAACUAAACAAAUCCUGAAAGCUAGGAAUCAGACAGCAUCAAACACAAAACCCCUUCUAGUGUUUAUAUAU